GUUUUACUAACAAAUUAUUAUUUUUUGGUUUUUAAGUUUAUUUCCCUAAAAAAAUUCAUCUUUUGAGGAACAUUCAAGCAAGUGCGCGCAAGUUUGAAAGAAACUUUUAAAGAUCGUUUGUGGAAAGUUUCUUCGGUUCUUCGUGGACUUAAAAGUGAUAUAAAAGAAAUAUUGAAAAAAGAAUAAAUCUUAGAAAAGAUUGAAAGAGCAUAAGAUUGCAGUGAAUGAGAACUUAGUGACAAAAAUCAUAUAAAAAAAGCCAAAAUUAAUCAAGGAUAUUAAACCCUAAUCAGAAAGAAAGAAAACGAGGAAGAAGAACCAGUAGAAGCACUUUGUCAACUUCCUUCCUGUCAUCUUCAUUAUUAAUCCAUUAAAAUUAAAUCGAUAAGAUUAUCAAAUUGGGAAUAGCAUAUAAUAAAAUAAGAAGAGAUGAAGACAAUUCUAUUAAUAUUCCUAGUACAAAUAGCUACCGCUUUUGGUAAAAUUGCCUUUGAAAAGCUCACAGACUAUGAUUUUCCUGGCACAACGUAUUACAGUGUAAAGAAUUUAUCAUUAUAUGAAUGUCAAGGAUGGUGUAAUCAAGAGCCGGAAUGCGUAGCAGCGUUCUUUAGUUUUGCACUCAAUCCACUAACACCAGAACAGGAGACGAAUUGUCAAUUACAAAAUACAACGACAGCUUUUGAUCCAACAGCAACACCUCAACGAUCAUACAGCACAUAUUACAUGGUUAAAUUAAAUAUUCGAUCAGAGAAUGUCUGCAUGAGACCAUGGUCAUUUGAAAGAGUACCAAAUAAAGUUAUUCGUGGCUUGGACAAUGCUCUCAUUUAUACGAGUACAAAAGAAGCUUGCUUGUCAGCAUGUCUUAAUGAGAGAAAUUUCAUAUGCCGAUCAGUCGAAUAUGAUUAUAACAACAUGAAAUGUGUGCUCAGUGAUGCCGAUCGUCGUACAACGGGACAAUAUGUUCAACUUGUCGACGCGCAAGGUGUAGACUAUUUCGAGAAUCUCUGUCUAAAGUCGAAUAAUGCAUGCAAGUACAAUCGCGUGAUUCAAGCUCCACGUUUUGGUGUAUCGGAAGAUAAAGUUGCACAAUAUGUUGGACUUCAUUACUAUACCGACAAAGAAUUACAAGUUACCUCUGAGGCUGCCUGUAAAUUAGCAUGUGAAAUCGAAAAUGAAUUCUUAUGUCGUUCAUUCUUGUAUCUCGGUCAUCCAAUUGGACAGCAAUACAAUUGCCGAUUGUAUCAUCUCGAUCAUAAGACACUCCCAGACGGACCAUCAACUUAUCUUAAUCUUGAACGUCCAUUGAUUGAUGUUGGUGAACCGACUGGAACAUAUAUGGAAAAUUUCUGUGAAAAAACGUCACCGUCCUCAACUGAAAACACGCUUCCCGUCCAUUUUGAUGCCACUGAAGAUCCAACCCUUAACAAUUUGACAAGAACUGAUGUGAAUUGCGAUAAGACUGGUACAUGCUAUGAUGUGUCAGUUCACUGCAAGGAUACAAGAAUCGCUGUACAAGUUCGCACCAAUAAGCCAUUCAACGGUAGAAUCUAUGCUUUAGGGCGUUCAGAAACAUGUAAUAUUGAUGUUAUUAACUCCGACACUUUCCGUCUUGAUUUGACAAUGGGCGGACAAGACUGUAAUACACAACAAAUCACUGGUGUCUAUACUAAUACCGUCGUCUUACAACAUCAUAGUGUCGUUAUGACAAAAGCUGAUAAAAUCUACAAGGUUAAAUGUACAUACGAUAUGAGCUCUAAGAACAUUACAUUCGGCAUGAUGCCAAUUCGUGAUCAAGAAAUGAUUCAUAUCAACUCAUCGCCUGAAGCUCCACCACCAAGAAUUCGCAUUUUGGAUGCACGAAAUCGUGAGGUUGAAACUGUUCGUAUUGGAGAUCGUUUGACAUUCAGAAUUGAAAUUCCAGAAGAUACCCCAUACGGCAUCUUUGCACGAUCAUGUGUCGCCAUGGCUAAAGACUCGAAGAGUACAUUCCAAAUUAUUGAUGACGACGGAUGUCCAGUUGAUCAACUCAUCUUCCCAGGAUUCACACCAGACGGCAAUGCACUACAGUCAGUCUAUGAAGCUUUCCGUUUCACGGAGAGUUAUGGUGUCAUUUUCCAAUGUAAUGUUAAAUACUGUUUAGGACCAUGUGAGCCAGCCGUCUGUGAAUGGGGAAGAGAUUCAAUGGAAUCAUGGGGCAGAAAACGUCGUUCCGUUGGCAAUGAGACAGAGAAUAAUGAAGAGAUGAACAUGAUUUCACAAGAAAUUCUCGUUCUUGAUUUUGGUGACGAGAACAACAAAGAUUUCCUUAGAAGUUCCGAUCCAAGCACCGACUUCGGAAGAGAUAAAACCGUUACAAUCAUUGAGCCAUGUCCCACAAAAACAUCAGUUCUUGCUCUUGCAAUAACAUGUGCUUUGAUGGUCUUCGUAUACCUCUGCACACUAUUCUGUUACUUUACUAAGAAAUGGAUGUCACCACCUAAAAUGAUGCCUUAAAACUUGCAUAAUACUUAAUUUAUUAACUUUCAAUAGAGAAGCAUUUACAAAAGACAACGUCGAGUAAGUAAGAAGAUGAAACAGAAAAAAGCCUGCAAUUAAAUUUUAAAUUAAAAUUUUUUUAAUUUCUUCUGAGAUGAUUUUUUUAAACUUUAAAGAAUAUUCUCAGAAUGAGUCCUUUGAAAUAGUAUUUUUAGUAGUUAAGUUAUUUAUUAAACUACAACAAAAAAAGACGAUUUUAUUUUCUGCUGAAUGAAAGAUAAAAAAAUAAUAUUUUAAAUUAACAAGAAGAUUUUUUUUGUCCUGAAGCUUUUUUCAUUUUUUGCAUAAUUUUAAUAAAAUAGGCCUUGUCAGCAUGUAAUUAACGUUGAAUGUGGGUUAAUUUGAGAAGAUCUUAUCAUGUAGCUUACAUUGAGGUUAAUUUUAAGGGAACUUUUAAGAUUUUUUAACAUUUCCCGCCAAAAUUUAAAAUUUUACUCAGGAAAUCUUAAUUAUGAUGUCGACAAGGCUAAAAGCUGCAAAUUAGUCUCGUGGCAUUCACGAUAGGCAUUAGAUCGUAGUUAAUUUUAUCCUAAAAUUCGAUUAUAAUGCGAAAUAUACUAAGUUUUAUAUACUUUAAGGUAUUCAAAUCUUCUGUGAAGCAUUUCAAAAUGAAAAUUAUGCAAAAAAUGGAAAAAGAAUUUAAAAAUUUUAUAUAAUUUAUGAUAAGUGGAGUAAAGACACAAAAAAAUAGUUAACAAUUUAAACUUAAUGAAAUGAAAACACUUUCUAUGGAGUUUUUCGAUUGAGAAUUUUUUAUGCAAUUGCCUUGUGAUUAUUUAACCUGAUAUAUGAAAAAUAAAAUGAAUCAAUCAGAAACUUCUUAUAGAGAUUGACAAUAAAUUAAUAAAUUUACUUACUGAUAAUUAAUUUUAAUAGAAUAAAAAUUUUCUUAUUUUGUAAAAUGCACAAAAAGAAA